AUGCUAACGCCUUCUCCUUCGACUCCUGGAGAUUCUGUUAAUUUUGAGAGAGUUUGUACAAUAUGUGGGAGACCAGCAUUCUGCAGAUAUUAUGGAGCAGUCUCCUGUGAAGCAUGCAAAAUGUUUUUUCGUCGAAUGAUUGUAGAAAAACUCUCUUAUAAGUGCAAGAAAAUUAAUAAUUGUUACGUGACGUCAUCUGGAAGUCCAUUGAAAUGUAGAGCGUGUCGAUUCAAGAGAUGUCUCCAGUUAGGAAUGAAACUUCCUCCUUCCAACUAUACGGCACUUGAACUUAGAAAUCAGAAAGAUGAUGAAUUAAACCAGCUGAUCAAAUCAUUGAAGGUUCGAGAUGGCAAACGAUUAGAAGUUUAUAUCAACUUCUUUACGACUCAAAAUCCAAGUUUAGAAGAAAUACUUUCAGGAACUAAGAUUUUCCAAUCGGAAAAACUUAGAUCAGAAGUGACUCCAGUGGAGUGGUCCUUUUCGGCCAUCUACAGCGUUUUGAAUCUUUUUAGAAGUUUUGAUUUCAUUGAGCAAUUGGAUGCAAAAGAUAAGAAACUUCUUUUCCAAUUCAACACGUUCCGAUCCAAUGUUCUGUGUGGUGGAAUGCGUGCUUUAAAAGAUCAAAGAGACAAAAUGGUGACUCCGAGUGGGCAAGAAAUAUUCCCCGAUAUUCUUGUCACAAAAUUCAAUGCUUCUGCAGAAUUAAUAAAUAGAGUGUGUUGUCAAGUCGUGGCAAGAUUGAUAGAAUUGAAAGUCACUGAUGAAGAAUUUGUGUUUCUCAACUUAAUUUUCUUCUGUAACACACCCGAUUCUCUUUCCGAUGCCGCAAAGUCUAUUCUCUCUUCUCGCCAGAAGUUCUACGUCUCUGUCCUCUUCCAAUAUUGUCAGCUGACCUAUCAGAAAUCUGCACCAUCUCGUCUGAAUGAUCUACUUUCUGUGUACCACGUCAUACAAAAGAAUACUUCAGAAAUGCAAUAUAUCGGUAUUAUGAUUCAAGGAUUUAUUCCCAAUUUUCCAAUUAAAAAAUUGGUUUCCGAUACUUAUAUGUUAGGAGCAAUUAAUAAAUGA